AUGUCAUUCAACACAGUCGAACUCUAUGGCGGUGCUAUGACCGUUGAACUUCCCUCCAACUUCUCAGACGUCAGCAACAUUAGACAAAUCCCAGACAACCAAGAAGUCUACUUGGAUAAUGAUGGUCUCACUAGCAUCGUCUUCGACAUCUUGGAGCGUGUCGACAAGCCGGAUCUGGAUGCUCUAAGGUACCAUCUUGAGGACAUCGUUGAGGAUGAUGUCGAUGCGACAAAACUCUGGACUUCAAACUCUGCAGUCUUCAGCAAACUACCAUCACAAACGACUGCCUACACAAUCUUCGCUACCAACACACCUUCCGCAGAAGCUGUAGCUCGUGGCAAAGCCCCCGAUUUCACAGGCAUACUGCUCACGCUCAUCCGUCUUGAGCGCCAACAGACCGAUCUUGUCAUCUGCGUCAACGUCCCACACGUAGGCGGCGAGUACAACAAAGACGAAGUCGACCCCUCUGCUGGAAAGCAAGGUCCCCUGCUAGAUGCAGCAACCUCAUUCCGCGAUCGCAUCUUGCAAACUUUCGAAAUCAAGGAUUGGGAUCUCUUCGUUCAAGAGUGA